GGAUUCAGGGGGCGUGGGGGUGAACGUGCUCAGAAACCGCAGGCGAAGUCGAUAAUUACAUUUCUGUUUCUUCUUUCGCUGUCGUUUUCUCAUUUUGACUUGUAAUUCGUGCAGUACAAGUACGUAUGCUUUAUUUUAAAGGUGGCGACGCUCGACAGAGAUGCAGCCGUUCCCCGGAACAUUCAGAAUUCUUCUGCCUGGACAGAACAUGUGGUUCUUCUAAGUGAGGUAUCGCCAUAAUUAGUCAUCCCCGCGUUCAUCUGGCUGCCUCGGGCAUGGAGCAGCAGCAGCAGCGCCUUCUCAAAGUGCUCGUUAUCGGCGACCUGGGAGUGGGCAAGACCUCCAUCAUCAAGCGUUAUGUCCACCAGGUUUUCUCCCAGCAUUACCGGGCCACCAUCGGCGUGGACUUCGCUCUCAAAGUGCUCCAGUGGGACCACAAGACUGUAGUGCGGUUGCAGCUGUGGGACAUAGCCGGACAGGAGAGAUACGGUCACAUGACCCGUGUUUACUACAAAGAGGCCGUCGGCGCUCUCGUGGUCUUUGAUAUGACCCGGCUUUCCACCUUCCAGGCUGUUCUCAAGUGGAAGGGAGACCUGGACUCCAAGGUCGCCCUGGGCAACGGUAGGCCAGUACCAACCGUCCUGUUGGCCAACAAGUGUGACCAGCGACUGCUUGGUUUGUGCCCCAAACUUCCCAAACUGGAGAAUUUCUCCAAGGAUUACGGUUUUGUGGGCUGGUUUGAAACCUCAGCAAAGGACAAUACUAACAUUGAUGCGGCCAUAACGUGUCUGGUGAAGAACAUCAUGGCCAUUGAGGAGGAGCGAGCGUCCAGGAGUGAGCUCGACAACAGUGGCAUCCUGGUGCUGCCUCGCUUUGACUACCACACCAAGGAGAGAAGACUUGUGGGAUGCUCGGGAUGCUCUGGUAUGAAGGCCCGGGACAAAGACGGCGACUGAGGACUUUUUUUUGUUUUUAUUUAAUUUUUUCGGUACCAUUUAACCUUUUUUUUUACCAAUCCAAGGGAAAUGGUUUUAAAGUCAAAGCAUUACACAUGGCUUUUGGUGACAUAUCAAUCCAUCAGAUGGCACCCGAGAGGCGUAUGAGACUCACUACUGCUGCUGCCAUUUAUUUAUUGUGACAACAGAAAACACCUAGAUAUCUUUCUCAUUGAACUACAUAGAAACGGUUGAUCAAUAAACACAAGAGUUCAUUGGAUAAAUGGCUGCAGAAGGAACAA